AUGAAGGAACUCCAACAAUUAUCUACCGAACCACCCACGGGAAUUGUUGUGAACAAGGAUGCGGCUAGCUCUGAUUUGAAGUUAGUUUUCCUUGAAUCAUUAAGAAGGCGUGGUGCCCAUGUCAGUUUUUGCGUGUUACGCAGGUUGACUUGUCAUUUCAGACAAUGGCGAGUGGACGUGAUAGGCGCAGCAGGUACUCUUUAUGAAGGGGAGAAGUUUUCGUUGCAGUUCCGCUUUUCUCAACAGUAUCCUUUCAACUCUCCAGAGGUGGGUGAACAAGGUGUUUCAUUAAGGAGUGCAACUGAGUUUCUUCCACCUCAGGUUAUGUUUGUUGGUGAAAAUAUACCUGUACAUCCGCACGUCUAUUCCAACGGUCACAUCUGCCUGUCAAUUCUUUCUGAAGAUUGGACUCCAGCCUUGAGUGUGCAAGCCGUGUGCCUUUCGAUUCUCUCUAUGUUAUCUUCUGCUCGAGAAAAGGUACCGACAAAGCGACCGCCAGACAAUGCACUGUAUGUACGAACUUGUAACAAGAACCCUAGUAAAACACGAUGGUGGUUUCACGGGUUGUUAUCUUUUUUGCAUCGUCAUUUCCUAGUUGAUCACAUACCUAGCUGA